GUGCAACUUCGAACUUCCUAGUCUCGACUCACGAUUGAAAUAGAAGUUCCUUAUCACUUCAGGCAUGCAUGAUCCAAUUUCCAGUACAUGCCCCAUGGUGCAUGAUGCACAACCUCAGACCCUCAAACAACGCUCAUAUCGAUGGCACCCUCAGAUCUGAUGUGAAACUUCUGUGAUACAUUAUUGGCUUGAAGAUUCUCGCUUGUGCGGCGGACCCAACACUAGUAACGGUGACAGUGAGGCGUGAAGAUGAGCGCCUAGGGGUUCUUUAUUAGAAUGGCCAAACUUUACCUAAAUCGUCUUUCAAAUGAUCAACCUAGUCUGGAAUAUAUCAUCAAUCACGUAUUUCUUCCCCUCAAGUUGCCGCAGGGGAGUGACCAAUCCCCUGAGAACGACCUGGCCUUAUCUCAGGUAGUGUUUGAAGCUGCUAUCGCCUUCAUUGACCAGAUACCGCCCGAUAAGCUGCUGCUUUGGACGAGCAGCUUAAAAAUGCUUCGCAAUCUCAAAGAUUCAAUCAGAUUCAGCGUGAUGUCUGUCAAAGAAGUCGAAUGUCAAAUCAACGCUAUGGACACUAAAGAUGUUCUUGUAUAUAUGAUUCGCGCGCAAAACGCUGCAGUAGUCAUGAGAAAACUCGAAUCCGAGACUAUAUUCGAGUCAUUUGAGGUCUCUCCUGACCCCACCGCAGUGAUGGGCGCGAAGGGAAGGCUGAUAUGUUCCUAUCCUGGACCUGCCAUCACAGUCCCAGACAUUAACAUUGAUAACGCUACCUUUCCCGCCGAGCUGGCAAAUUUUCUUGUUCACAUGGAUCAAGAUGUCCUUGAUGCAGCAGCGACGAGGACAAAGGCUAAAUCCACUGUUCUCGAAGAGAGGGACACCACGCAUCCGCGGUAUAUCACGGAACUCCUCACCGGUAUACUGCGUGGCCUCGGGAGCAUCGCUGAUGUUCCUCGCAUCCGCAAGCGCAUCGGAGAUGAUGUGCUGUGGGACAGCGUGAAGUUGCCGUGGAGGCGGUCUCCACUUUGGCUUGUAAUUCGUGUUGCCUUACAGACGACUCUGGAGCGCAGUGCUCUCGGACGAACGACGUAUAAAUCAUUUAUGCUGUUCUUCAUGGUGGGGCUCGCGACCCUCGCCCUCAACCAUAACCUGUCGAAUGACAUCUUACACUUCAUGUCGGCAAAGAUCGCACGUCGUCUUUUCAAGCUUGGAUCCUCUACUUCUCCAGAGUUAUCGCAGAUGGUCACCGUUGUAACCACGAAUGUAAGGAGUGUCCUGGAGAAAAGAUGGAGAUCUGUUCAGAACGCACAACGCGCCUCGCCCCUUUGGGCUCCCGAGACCCUCGAAGUGUUGCGAGAUACUCGUCUUUCCUUGAACACGAGCCGACGGUACAUACAUCAAGCUUUGCAGAACCAACAUCUAUCCCCUCCAACAACCCCCUUCAAUCCGAGCCACCAUACGCGCGGGACAAUCAAUAAUUUCCUUGACGCCAAAGCUAACUUCUUGAUGGCCGCUCAUGCCGCAGAACCGACUCUUGCCCUCACAGACUUCGAGACUGCCAUUAGUUCUGGGAUUGACGACUGGGUGGUGCGCGUUCCACUCCAGAGUGUUGAUUCUGCAUGCAUCUCAAUUGAGGCGUGCGCAUCUGCGUACUCCUCAAGAGCGCUUAUGGCUUAUAAAGGAAACCCGGAGAAUUUAUCUAUCAUGCUUCUCACCCUUUUCGAGCUCUGGGUAGCGAUGGAUAAGAUCGUCGUUGCACAAAUUCCACUCCUGGCUGAAUACUCCCCCGAAAUCCCAUUGACGCUUUGGGAGUGUCUUUUAAUCCGCAAAGCUUCUGCUCUUGAUCGUUUGAAGAAAUUGCACGCCUACCUGAAGGCUCGUCAUUGCCAAGCUUCCAGCCGUCUGUCGGCAUUCUCGUUUACCAACGACAAGUCGUUCGCAGCGCAAUAUUUUUACCAGUCAUCCAAGCUGCAGAGUUUGAAAGUCUGCAUCGAAGCAGAUGGUCAGAAACGUCGAGAGAAGAAGCUUACUGAGCUUCAGACCCUAAACAAGAGAUAUGGUGACUUACAGGUGCUCGCAGCAAUUUUAGCGCACGAAUACGCCGUCAACUCUAGCGGCUCGCAGUCCCACAAGAAAAAGCGGUGUCAAAAGUGUCAUGUGGAGAAGGAGAUGAAAUCCUUGACGAUUACAGUUCACGAGUGGCCGCUGCCAGAGCGUGAACAGCAGGCGAUAGUGGUCGUGUUUGAGCUAGCGUGCCCCAUUGCGUUUGACAUGUGGAGAUCCUUGACACUUCAUGUCUACGUUGACAUCUGCACUCCAGACAAGAUUUCAUCCGCUCAUCCUUUCAUGGUCCUGCCAAAAUAUGACGCCUUGAAGCAAUAUCGCACGUGCCAUUCAAGACAAAGGCUCACUUUAGCGUCAGAUGCCAAACCUUUCUCCAAGUCUCAUUACAGCAACACUCGCAUUCCCGCGCCGGACACCAAAGUAUGUGUAAACAACGGACUCAAAUUUCGGCCUUUCGACACAACGACAGGUGCAUGGGCGGCAGACGUACUGCUACGAUGCGACGGCACUAAGAUGUGCACUUUCCUUCUUCCGAAGGGACCAUAUGAUGGUAUGCAGCAGUACCUUGCAGGGACAUCCCACACGUCAAACGAGGUCGUGGCCAAUCAGGCAGAUUGUCGCAAAGACGUGACCAUUCACGAAUUCAUCGCGUUCGGAGCCUUGCGGAGUGGACCGCAUUUGCAAUGGAUGAAUGUGCUCCGUGAGCUCCGUGCAAGGACGCUCAAUUUUCGACGUGAGGAGAUCCAUCUUCUGUUGGCCCAAGCAGUUUCACAAGUCGGCCCAAUUUCAUCCGACGACGACCUUAUUUGGCAUGAGGACUUGAACAAUGUGCCGUUCCUUGGCGCACUACUCGGAGAGCUGGAGGAUUUGAUGGCGAGCGUCGAAGGCAAUUGGUUGGAAGCUGUCACGAUCAGCACUAUCAUCAUGCUUGUGUGCCGCAUUUUGUCCGCGACUCAGGAAGAGAGUGUCAAAGGUCGCGGACAUUCGCUCCUUCGAAGGAUACGAACUGCGACUUUUACGUUACUGACGCAACUAUCAGAGAAAAUGCAAGCAAGCAACGACGAGACGGACAGCCGAGAUUUACAAGGGCGCGUUCUGGAUAUGGCAGUCACCUGUCGUAGCACUUUUGAUGUCGACAGAGACGCUUCGCUGCUCCUGACGUCAGACGAUGACAUCAAAGUUUUUGCAUAUUGUGCGGUCAUAAUUUAUGACAACACUCCAAGUCAACUGGGCAACCUCCCACAACAUUCCAAGCUACUACUAGAGCGAGACAAGAGAUGUUGCCACGCAUUAGAACCCGUCAUUCGUCGAUAUGCAGAAUUUCAUAGAAGGGGUCUUGAUUACGCGGUGGCCAAGAUUUGGAGCAGCUAUAGACCAGGAACUCCUUGGAGGGCACUGACGGCUCCGAAUUCUCGUUGGCUCGUGACGCAGACUGCGCCUUCGUAUUCCCAAUCAUCACAGGACGUGCACAUCAAUUUGAUUAGCGGAUGCUUGCUUGUUGACGGGAAGCAGCUGAGCAGGCUCCCUCCAAAGAUAGCGCAACAUCCCACUUACAAAUCGAUUUUUGGCGAUAAAGUUCUGGACACCAUUCUAGCUGAUAUUCGUGGAAUGGAAUAUAUGACACGUGGGAACUUCUGUGACCAUCAGGUGUCUUUUGCUCUCCGUGACUCGAAUGAUCUCAUCAUCCGUGCGAAGCAUAUUGAACACGACUCACCUAUCCUCCAACUCAUUCCGAGCCACAAAUUCAUGGAAGACCUGCCGACCCCCUUAGUCGUGGGCCAUACUCAUUGGCUUAACCUGCAGACGAACGAGAUCGAGAUUCGUCCAGCCGGAAAUGCGUGGAAAUCUUCAUCUGACAAUUGGGUCUUGCGAUUUGCCGUUUCGGGUUCCUCAACAGCGCAGAAUUCCAGUGGUGCCACCCUUGUCGACAUACGCAGCCAAACAUGGGAUAUGAUCUCCAAAAGGCUGCGUCCUCUGGAAGAUGCAGGCUUCAUCAUGGUCACACUGAACAAAGCAUCCGGUGGCACUCCCUUGUUGAAGGCUGAUUUGCUUCGAUAUGGCCUCGAAUUCUUCAUCGAUGAGGAUGGAGAGUUGCAGUCCCGUAACAUGCGCAAUAUGGUCGUUGAUGUCGUUCAGUCUAGUGGCAGCAUGUUAGGAUUGGUCAAUCAACUCAUCCUGCGCCCAAAGUUGCAAGUUGCGGAUGAGCAUCCGCGCACGGUCAUAAUCCCAGACGGUCGUAUCUCAUACUCCGCUGAUGGUCACCAUGUCCGCGUCACCAUCGCUCCUGAAGGUACUCGAGUGACAUAUCAGUCGUACAGAGUUGACACAGAUCUAUGCUGCCUCACUGGGAACGUGGGUCUCACAAGUAAGCUCUAUCAGGCGCUCCUUCACGCUGUUACCAGCGGCUGUCUCCCUGAUCCCCUGACGGGCCGAACGGGGACAGAGGAGGCGUUGCAUCUCUUGCAUUCCGCGGCUUGCCGAUCGUUUAUGAAGCUUCGCUCUCGCGACGCAGAUCUUUUGCGCGAGAUCAGUUCGCUGUCAACCAGUCGCGUCUGGUAUCCCACUCAUCUUCAGAAGAUGCAGACAAUUUCCUGGUCAUGCCUCGCGCCCCAUGCACAGCACCAUGGUUUUCAUCCAGCCGCGAAAUCUAUCAUGGAUUACGGAAUGAAGCUUUCGACUUUCUCAGAAGGGUCUGCAAACCUUCCGGUUGCCUUUGAGCUUCCACAAUUCACCGACCACCUUCUUGAGCGCGCUUCAGUUCGUGCCUCGGUUAUCUAUCCUGACGAGUUCUCUCUUCCACUUCCACUUGGCGAUACAGAUGUUAUCUACGCUUCACGUCAUAUUCCCGACAAAGUGGCGGAAGAGAGGGCAUUUCAAACCGCUUUCAUGGUACAUCAAUGGCCAAGCAGACUUCCAGUGCAACAGAAUCUCCUUCGUUUAUUGACUCAGUGGAAAAAUGUCAAGGGCAUUGGCGAGCCGUUCACCUUGCAGUACUCCAAAGACUGGCUUCAACCGGCUUUUCCUGACAUCUUCCUUUCUGCGUACGACCACUGUUGCAAGGCUACAAAGAAAGACACAUCUCGGCUGGUUUUCACCCUGGCUUCGGUAUCAUACAGCUUGUCGGAUGAUCAUGCGCUCGUGCCAACACUCUUAGCCUUCGCCACAGUUCCCGAAAUUCGCAGCCUGGGAGGCCCACCAAAGCUCACCUCCUAUGAUCUCUCGCAUGGUUUUAUGCCAUCUGAUAAGAGAUUGGACGAUAUAAUCAGUUCGUGCUCCAAAAAGUACGAAAUGAGCCAGGAGAAACACCUACCUGCAAUGCCUGGCGAAAGUAAAAAGGUUCUGGAGAAGCGUCGUCGUUCAGCCUUCGAAGGCAAGUGUUACUCUGAAAAGCAAGUCAUUCUCAACAAAGUUCGGGAUGCGUGUCCAUGCGAAAAUCCUCCGGCACUCAAUACGCUGCAAGUGGAGUACUACAAUCUUAAUGAACUGCCAGGGAAACUUUUUCCAGUAUUUCGCAGCUGUUGGCAAAAUCGUUGUCUGAAGCUACACCUGGAUGGCCUGCAGGAGACGCUCAAACAGUUCUAUACGCCCAAACCUCCUUCCAAACUACCCUCUCGAUAUGAUCUCCGUUCCCGCCUUCAGGACUCGGAUGUUGUAUCACUGGCCUCAUCCGUUGAUGCCCAGUAUCUGUUCGGUAGAGAUCCGCCUGUGACAGGCAUGUGCGGGUCAUCUCAAGUUCUGCCCAAUGUCAAUCAGAGAGAUUUGGUAUCUCCAAGUUCCCAAGUUACAGCGAGGUUGCAACAGCUGAUCAACGACUUUCGCGCACGAGGAACUGACAAGUUUCAUCACAAAUACGCUAAUGAUCUAGACCGGAGUAGGUUGAUCUACUGUGACGAAAAGAUCGUUGCCCCACCAGAUUCUACACCAUACACGAUGGAACUACUACUCGAGAACCAUUCUUUCCAUAGCCGACAAUUCCAAGACUCACUCGCAUCUAUCUCACACGCCCUCUCCCCUACCUCUGCUACUGAGAACACGUUAUACAAUGCCGGAUUAUGGCCUCGAAUUACACCAAAUUUCCUUUUCACACGCAUGGCUUCUGCAGCAGGAAGUUCUUCCGGGAAGGCUUGGCGUGCUACUCUUGUCCAGCUGUCGCAGAUACUUUUGCAACUGCAACGCUCGCGAAGGCUGCUGGUCUUUGCCGCUAACAAAAAUUGGGUCGAGUUCUUCAAGGAGCUGGAUAGCGAAGAAUGCGAAGGAUUUGAUCCGGAGCUGUACCCUGACUGGCUUUUGAUACAGAUUGAAAGUCAGUUCUUGGCACGGCCAGUCCAGGUCAAGGUCGCACUGGAGAUGAUGUCACCAUGCACAGGAAGAAAUACUUCCCUUCAACUGAACAUGGGUGAAGGCAAAUCCUACGUUAUCGUUCCCCUCGCAGCAGCCGCACUCUCUGAUGGCCAUAAACUGGUCCGAGUGAUCGUGCUGAAGUCAUUGUCGGCUCAGAUGUUCCAGCUCUUGGUCGAACGACUAAGCGGUCUCGCACAAAGGCGUAUUUUCUAUAUCCCAUUUUCCCGCGCACUCUCUAUCAACUCGUCGAAGGUGCAAAUGUAUCGUAACCUAAUGCAAGAAUGCAUAGACGCCAAAGGGGUCUUGGUUGUGCAACCGGAUCAUAUUCUGUCAUUCCAGCUGAUGGCUGUUGACCGUCAACUGUCCCUUCGGACUGAAGCUGCUGAAGAUAUGCUGCGGACUCAGCUAUGGCUCGACAAUCACACACGGGACAUCCUGGAUGAAAGCGAUGAAAUUCUGCACGUCCGCUACCAGCUGGUAUACACUGUGGGGCUCCAAAGGUCACUUCAAGGACAUCCAGAAAGGUGGACGACAACGCAGCAAGUGUUGAGUCUUGUCGCGAAGCACGCCACUCGGCUCAUGAAUGGAUUUCCCUCUCGAUCAGAAGUGUCCACUCGCGAACAUGGAGAGUUUCCUUUCACUCGUGUUCUGCACCCGACAGCAGGUCAAGCAUUGAUUCAAUGGAUCGCACAGGAUGUCAUCAAUGGCGCCCUUGAAAACAUCAGCUUCGAUCAAGUACCCCUCCACGUGAAAGAAGCUGUUUGCCGCUUUAUCGUAACUGAGAAUAUAUCCAGUACUUGUGUCAGCGUAGUGGAGGAUCGCUAUAGACACACUACGGUCUGGCCAGGCCUCCUAGUCCUGCGUGGACUGCUGGCAUGUGGUAUCUUGGUGUACGCUCUCAAGGAACGUCGCUGGCGCGUGGACUAUGGCCUUGCCCCAAAACGAACAAUGCUAGCUGUUCCAUUUCGCGCAAAAGAUAUGCCCUCGCUGCGGGCAGAGUUUGGCCACCCGGACGUUGCUGUUACCCUCACAUGCCUGUCAUACUAUUAUGGGGGUCUCACGCUCCAGCAGUUGAUGCUAUGCUUCGAGCUCCUGCUGAAGCAAGACAAUCCUACCCUCGAGUAUGAAUCUUGGGUUGCUGGGCUUGCGUCCGUCCCAAAAAGUCUGCGUCAGCUUAGUGGAAUCAAUAUGGAAUCCGCAGAGCAGCUCCCUGACCUUCAACGACUGUUCAAAUUCAACAAGGCGGUCAUAGAUUUCUACCUGUCCCGAAUAGUUUUUCCCAAGGAAGCAAAGGCAUUCCCCAGCAAGCUCACCUGCUCCGGGUGGGAUCUCGCGCAAAAGAAGAGAAAUCUCACCACCGGCUUUUCUGGUACAAACGACAAUCGCUAUCUUUUACCAAGCUCGAUGGUACAGCAUGACCUUGAUUAUCAACGCAGCACGAAUGCCCGGGUCCUGGCAUUCAUUUUGCGGCCAGAAAACAAUUGCUACGGACUCAUACCGUCAGGCCAGAGGGUGCAAUACUUCAUCGACACCUUAAUAGCACAAACCCCCGAGGUCCGCGUGCUCCUGGACGUGGGUGCGCAGAUGCUGGAAUUGGAGAAUCAGGAAUUGGCCGAAACAUGGCUUCGAGCUAAGCACAACGCCCAAGCUGCAGUCUUUGUGAACGACGAUGACGAAAUCGUUGUUAUCAGUCGGGAUGGGACAGUAGAGCCUCUUGUGUCGUCUCCCUUCGCCCAACAGCUCGACCAGUGUGUGAUAUAUCUUGAUGACGCGCACACCAGAGGAACAGAUGUCAAGCUGCCUUCUGGCUUCCGAGCUGCUGUCACGCUUGGUCCGAAAGUCACGAAAGACCGCCUGAUGCAAGGAUGCAUGCGAAUGCGGAAGCUGGGAAAUGGUCACUCAGUGAUGUUCUUUGCUCCGACAGAAGUUGACCGAAGCAUUCGCUCGGCGACUCAGAAAACUGAUACGGACCAUGUCGAUGUUGCAGAUAUCCUGCACUGGUCGAUGCUCGAAACAUGUCGCGACAUUCAAAUGCGUACAUUCCACUGGGUUGAACAGGGAUCGGAUUUUAGCGCCCGGUAUUCUGCAUGGACUCAUUUCUCGCGCGCGCCUACCGCUUCAAGUUCCACUCUGAGAACAGCCUGGUUGCAGCCAGAGGAACGUUCAUUAGAGGAUAUGUAUGUGCCACGCAGUCCUCUGCAGGUAUCCCACAUUUGCGAUGCAGACAUUCGAAGCAAAUGCGAGGAACUCGGAGUUCUAACGGGACCCGACAGGAGCAUGGAUGAGGAACAAGAAAGAGAGGUAGUCCAUGAGGUAGAGAGAGAACGUCAAGUUCAAAGACCGCACAAAGUGCAACCUGCAACUCAGGAGUUGCAUGCGCACGUUCGUCAAUUUGUCAAGACCGGCCGAAUUCCCAUAGGGUCCCCCGCUUUCAUUCCAGCGCUAUCCAGCCUUGUCAACACCACCGCUGAAUUUCAUGAAGGCAAUCGGUGGGCGCACAACGUUUUAGUAACCCGUGACUUCGCUCGUACGGUGGGGACUAUCCUUACCACACAGAAAGCGGAUGAAUACUUGCGGCCCGUCAAUUGGAUCGUGCUCAGUGACGUUGGAGUGCUGGUAGUGAUGAGUCCGCACGAAGUGGACGCACUGUUGCCUGAUAUCCGCAACAGUAACGUAGUUCAGUUGUGCGUCUAUACUCCUCGGACCACAAACACGAUGAAGGCAUGUGAUGAUCUCCGACUGUACCGUGUUCCUUCGACCCCACAUCCGACCCCAGUGGAACCGCUGAUUUACCAGCUCAACCUUUUUGCGGGUCAACUGUAUUUCUCCAGUUACGAGAUGUAUCUCCGCACUUGCAAUUUCUUAGGGCUCAACGCACCGGAUUUGGAGGACGAGGAUUUGAUAGCCGACAGUGAUGGAUUCAUCAGGGAGGAGAAUCGCUCUUCUGCGAGAGCAUUAUGUCCGUUCAAGCGAUCCCAGCUUCCUCCACUGAAGAAGUUGUUCGGAAUGAGAAGGAAAGGCAUGGGGUAUGUGCCAACUCACCUCGGAAAGAUGUUCAAUGGGCGCAUUCUGACCGAGGGGGAUUUUCUGGAUUGA